AGCAGGCGGGCGGGCGAGCGGCGGCGCGACGUCUCUCCUCACCCGUCCCUCCCCCUCCCUCCCGCCCGCCGCGGUUUCCCCCCCCCCCCUUUCCCCAAAGUGAGUGAGUGAGACGGGCAGAUGGAGGAGGGACUGUAAUGGCGGCGGCCGGCAGCUCCCUGCUCUGAUCCGCGGCAAGCACACGGCAGCGACCCCCCUCCCCGGCCCUCUCCCGGCCGGCCCCCGCCCUGCCGUCGGCGCGGGGCCACCGUCCCCGACCCUCCCCGCAGCUGCCGGCGUCUGGCUCUGAGCCCCGGCCGGGGCCCCGCACACAAUGGACGAGCUGGCCGGAGGCGGCGGCGGCGGUGGCGGCGGCCCGGGGAUGGCGGCCCCUCCCCGGCCGCAGCAGGGAUCCGGGGGGACCCUGAACCUUCCGCCGGGAGCGAACGGAGCGCCGGGCGGCGGGGGUCCCGCGGCCUCCGAGGUGGCGGGGCCCCCGCCAGGCCCCGAGCUGUCCCGGCCGCAGCAGUACACCAUCCCGGGGAUCCUGCACUACAUCCAGCACGAGUGGGCUCGGUUCGAAAUGGAGCGGGCGCACUGGGAGGUGGAGCGGGCCGAACUGCAGGCACGGAUCGCAUUUUUACAAGGAGAAAGAAAAGGUCAAGAGAAUUUGAAGAAGGAUUUAGUGAGAAGAAUAAAAAUGUUAGAGUAUGCAUUAAAACAAGAACGGGCAAAGUAUCACAAAUUAAAAUAUGGCACAGAACUGAACCAAGGUGAUUUGAAAAUGCCAACCUUUGAAUCAGAGGAAACCAAAGACUCGGAGGCUCCUACAGCACCUCAGAAUAGCCAGCUAACGUGGAAGCAAGGCAGACAGCUGUUGAGACAGUAUCUUCAAGAAGUAGGAUACACUGAUACAAUAUUAGAUGUACGAUCUCAGCGGGUAAGGUCAUUACUUGGACUGUCUAAUUCAGAACCAAAUGGAUCCGUAGAAGCAAAGAAUUUAGAACAGAUUUUGAAUGGUGGUGAAUCUCCUAAACAAAAAGGACAAGAAAUCAAAAGGCCAUCUGGUGAUGUUCUUGAGACAUUCAAUUUUUUAGAAAAUGCUGAUGACAGUGAUGAAGAAGAAAAUGACAUGAUUGAGGGCAUCCCAGAAGGAAAAGAGAAACUUCGGAUCAAUAAGCACAAAAUAGGUAAUGAAGGUUUAGCUGCUGACUUAACUGAUGAUCCUGAUACCGAGGAAGCACUGAAAGAAUUCGACUUUUUAGUGACUGCAGAAGAUGGUGAAGGGGCUGGUGAAGCACGGAGUUCAGGGGAUGGUACAGAAUGGGAUAAAGAUGACCUCUCCCCAACUGCUGAGGUUUGGGAUGUAGACCAGGUACUAAUAAGUAAACUGAAGGAACAGUACAAGAAGGAACGAAAGGGGAAGAAAGGGGUGAAGAGGGUCAACAGGACAAAACUCUGCGACAUGAUCGCUGAUCUGGGAGAUGAUGAGCUGCCCCACAUCCCUUCAGGAGUCAUUAAUCAGUCUAGGUCAGCCUCUCCUAGAAUGACUGAUCAUGAAGGUGCAAGAGCAGAGGAAGCUGAACCAAUAACGUUUCCAUCUGGAGGAGGCAAGUCAUUUAUUAUGGGUUCUGAUGAUGUUUUGUUAAGUGUACUGGGCCUUGGAGACCUUGCAGACUUGACGGUAACAAAUGAUGCAGACUAUAGUUAUGAUUUGCCGGCCAAUAAAGAUGCCUUUCGAAAGACUUGGAACCCCAAGUAUACACUACGUAGUCAUUUUGAUGGAGUCAGAGCAUUAGCUUUUCAUCCUGUAGAACCUGUGCUGGUUACUGCCUCUGAGGACCACACCCUGAAACUUUGGAAUUUGCAAAAGACAGUUCCUGCCAAAAAGAGUGCCUCUUUAGACGUAGAGCCUAUCUACACAUUUAGGGGUCACAUUGGCCCUGUUCUUUCAUUAGCUAUUAGUUCUAAUGGAGAACAGUGUUUUAGUGGUGGUAUUGAUGCAACCAUUCAGUGGUGGAAUAUGCCUAGUCCUAAUGUGGAUCCCUAUGAUACAUAUGAGUCAAAUGUUCUAGCUGGCACUUUAGUUGCUCAUACAGAUGCAGUCUGGGGUCUUGCCUAUAGUGGCAUAAAAAAUCAGUUACUGUCUUGUUCAGCAGAUGGCACUGUAAGGUUAUGGAAUCCCCAAGAAAAACUGCCAUGUAUUUGCACUUACAAUGGAGACAAGGAACGUGGAAUACCUACAUCAGUUGACUUUAUUGGCUGUGAUCCGGCUCAUAUGGUAACCUCUUUCAACACUGGUAGUGCAGUAAUUUAUGAUUUAGAAACAUCACAGUCAUUGGUGAUGCUUUCCUCACAGGUAGAUUCUGGUUUACAAUCUAGCAAUCACAUUAACAGAGUAGUAAGUCAUCCCACACUUCCUGUUACAAUAACUGCUCAUGAAGAUAGACACAUCAAGUUUUUUGACAAUAAAACGGGUAAAAUGAUCCAUUCAAUGGUAGCUCAUCUGGAUGCUGUUACAAGUUUAGCAGUAGAUCCUAAUGGCAUCUAUUUGAUGUCUGGAAGCCAUGACUGCUCCAUUAGAUUAUGGAAUUUGGACAGUAAGACAUGUGUACAAGAAAUAACAGCUCAUAGGAAGAAAUUGGAUGAAUCAAUUUAUGAUGUUGCUUUCCACCCAUCAAAGGCAUAUAUCGCCAGUGCAGGAGCUGAUGCUCUUGCCAAAGUAUUUGUGUGAACCAACAUAAAUUUGACUGGUCAGAAAGGGGGUCUGUCUGCAUCACUGCCAUCAAGAAAGUCACUGAUACGACACUACAUGUGCUCUGCUGGGUAAAGCUGCUGGGCAGACAUAAUUGUUGGGAAUCACAUCUUCAUGUCAGGCUUACUAGUUUAACUGUAAUUAACUGUAUUUGUGGGACAGAAAGAAAAAGGACUCCAGUAUCUGUGCUGUAUACUGGAUAUGAACUGAGCGUAAUUUUUUUUUUAAAGGUGUUUAAGCCAAUGUGGAGUCUGAUCUUACAAAAAAAUAAAGGUGUUUUUGUUGGACUCUGUGUGCUGCCUUAGGGUUAGGAAUGUGGUGCUCUUGUGGGGAAGCAAACUCCAAGAGUAGCUUUUCAUCUCUUAGUGAUCUUAC